AUGGUCGCGCAAUUGUGCCUGCAGGGCGGGUACCGUUCGAUGGCUUCUGCUGAGACCAAAGUGCUCAAGAUGAUCAAGGUCUUCGAUGAUCAGCAAUUCGAGUCCACCGGCCAGAUGCGCGCAGUCCCCAGUAAUCAUUUCGAGCUCUUCACCCUGCCCAUCCUGAGCUACUACCAAAAUCCGGAGUCGUAUAAAGCGCUGGUCCAGAGAGCCGAAGAGAAGUAUUCGAGGGAUCUGAGGGAUCCGAUCAAACUGGAGGCGUGGCUGACCGCCUACCGGCGCGACGGGACCCAGCGCUACAAGCAGCCCUACAUGGAUGCCCGGGCGGCGCGGGAGUCGCUCACCUCCAAAAUCGAAGAGCUGGUGCUCCGCGGCCUCGCUCAGUGGGAGUCGAACCAAGGAAUCAUCAUCACGCGGCUUAAUGACGGCAAGACCCACCUCCAACUCACCGCCGAAAACUUUCACGCGACAAUGGCUACCGUCACCGAGCCGCCGCCGAAUGAAUUUCUCAUCCAACGUGUCCUGCCCGAAGAUGAUGAAGAUAUUGAUCUGCAAGCCGCCGUCCGGGAGAUUAAAGCCGCCACCGCCGCCAUCCGGGAGGUGCCCAAGAAGAAACGGGGCCGACCCAAGGAAUACCGAGAUGGGUGGUGCACAGUAUGCCCGCGGGAAGAAGGAAAGAAGCCGGUUUCCACCUACUACAGUGCGCCUGCAUGUGCGGAUUGUGUUAAAAUAUUUAGUCGCCUAUCGAUCCGAGCCAAAAAGUCGCCGGGCUGCUCGACACCAUAUUGUAGUGCAGGACGACCCUGCAACUGGUGCCAAUUUGAGGAGUGGGUGGCGAAGGGAUUCCGUUCCAAACUGCCGUCUGCCGACGAUGGUCAAUCGUCGGCAUCAUCAUCGACCGAU